UUCUGUAAAAGCAAAAAGUCAAAUGAAAAUGGAAGUACUCACUGUGCAAUCAAACUACGAGCUCGGCUCCAACAAAGUUAGAGAUUGGACCAGCACAUUGACACCGCCCACGCCCGCCGCCGUUGCGCCCAAGAAGGUUAGCAUUGCCGCCGCUGUUGCAACCAAGAGCAGCAACACUCGCAGCAGCAGCAGCAACACACACAGUAUUAAGCACAAGCAACAACAGGCGAGCAGCAGCAGCAGCAGCAACAAUAAGAAAACCAAAUCGAACAGCAGCUAUCACUAUCAGCAACAGAUCAGCAGCUACGAGGCGGAGCAGCAGUGCCGCGAGAGCGACAUGGAUGCCGCCGAGGUCGCUGAGCUGUCGCUGCGACUGCUGGACAAGCUGCGCGAGGCAAAGUCACGUCACUUGACCUGCACAGAAGUGUCGCUACCCUGUGAUCUCACCACAAAAAUAUCGGCGGAUAUAAUACGCGUAUCGGAGAAGGAGCCCUGCGGCCUGCGCGGCUGCACCAUCUAUGUGGAGUUCGAGGAUGAGCCGCAGAAUUCGCGUCGCAUCGCAUCGCUCAAACUGGACCCCGAAACGGUGUCCACAUUUGAGGUUUAUCUAACACUGCGACAGGAUCAUCGCGGCUGGACAGCGCUGCUGCCACAGUUCAUGAAGAGUCUGGCACGCACCAUAACCAUCAGCCCAGAGUAUAGCAUAACCAAGCUGAAGCUCUAUGCGGCCGAUGGACUGAGCGCUAGACGCAGCUACAGCUUCGGCUCCAGCUCCAGCCAUAGCCAUAGCCAGGCAAUUGCCACGCCAACGAUAUAAGCGCGAGCAGAGCGAGUUGAGGAAGGAGAGAGAGAUUGAUAGUGAUUAGAGCGCGCGCGAGAGAGAGAGAGAGAGAGAGAGAGAAGGAGCCCAGCGAGUGCAAAUAAAAGAAAAAAAAUUUAAAUUUUUUUUUUGAUAAUUGUGCGCUCAACACCGCCCAACACCCCCCUGUGAUGUCGAGAGCAGUAGUUAGUUGCGAGUUGCAACGCGACGACGAAGCAAGUAUUCGAAGCCACCCCACCUACACACACACACACACACACACACAUAAGUACACACACACACACUCAUACUAAUACUAAGCAGUUGUAGUUUGCUGUAGUUGGAGGGCAAACGGCACGCCGCGCCCGCAGCCCAAGGAGUCGAAUCUCUUUGGCUGCCUGACGCGUCGCGCUUAACCCUCAAAAAAAUGCAAAUUUUUUUGUAAUUGUGACUCUCACCACCAUUUUAAUUAGAUGCGUAGUAGAUGCUAAAAAACAAAAAACAAAAAAAGCAAAAACAAAUAACUAGUGUUUUAAGUUGUUUCUCCUUUUUCAAAAAAAAAAACCAACAAAAAACCAAGUAAUAAAACAAAUUAAAUAUUAAAAAAUAUAUUAAAAAAAAAACAUGAAUUUCAAAGACGUCGUUACCUAUGCAAGUCGCUGCCAACAAAGCCGUUGGGUUAAGCCAAGCCCCAAGAAAAAAAUGCGCUAAACCCGUCGACGGCUUUUUGUUGGCCCAGCGGCCGCUGCAAUUGGUCGUCAGUCGACAACUCAUGAAUAUGUGAUACUGUUUAAGAUGCUAAGAGUUUUUUGCACUGAGCUCGCGCCAGUUACGGAGCCAGGCAAAAAACGUUGAUAAUACACACACACCACACACACACACACACACACACACACAA